AUGCGGAUGCGGUGCAUCCAUCUCCCUGCAUCCGUCCCCCUGCAUCCAUCCCCCUGCAUCCAUCCUCUUCAUCCAUCUCCCUGCAUCCAUCUCCCUGCAUCCAUCUCCCUGCAUCCAUCUCCCUGCAUCCAUCCCCUGCAUCCAUCCCCUCCUUUUUCCCCAUUCUGA